AUGGCCAAGUACUUGACGCUCGCGACCGCUGUGCUCGCGCUGGUCGCGCCCGUGCGCGGCUCCGAAGAGGAGGAGGAACCCAAGGGCGAGUCGUGCGGCUUUCGUCAAAAGAUUGCUGCGGGCAUGUCGCUGAAGGAGGUCUUAGAGAAGACUUCGGAGAUGGUGGAGUGCGGCCGGCUCUCGGGCUACUCGUUCUUGACCUCGCAGCUCCUGCCGGAUGACGACGAGACGGCCAAGAUGUGCCACAGCGAAGAGUGCAGGGGCAUUGUCAAGGCCAUCGAGGUGUCGAACCCGCCUGACUGUAACUUACACAUGUACGGAUUCGCGGCCGAGCUCAACUUCCACGCCCUGGUCGAAAAAGUGCAGACCGCAUGUGGCAAUGUGACCUCUGACUCCUCUGCUUCCCGUGACGACGACGACGACGACGACGAGGACGAGGACGAGGACGACAAGAAGGACCAAGAAGGACAAGAACGACGAGGACAGGAGAGAAGAAGGACAAGGGCAAGUGGGACGACAAGGAGGAAACCGAGAGGAAGCUCCGACUUGCAUAACGUCAUGGAACGGGCGCAUCACCACUCGCGACUCUUGAUACGAUCGAGUGCUCGCAGGUGA